AUGGACUCAGGCUACGCGCGGGGAGCUCAGGCCAAGACCGCCCUCCACGACGAGCUUAAUUCCACGAUCAGCGGCAUCAGCAGCUUUGCGUAUGGCCCGGUGGCAAAGGUCGACAAGCUGGCCCUGCGGAAGCUCGCGCACCAAUUAGCAGACCACUGCAAGUCCGAUGAUCUGGUGGAGGUGAUAGUGCAGCUGGGGGCGGUGCCCGCCGUCGUCCCGCUGCUCAUGCUGGGCGACACGCUGGACGGGCCGUCCACAGGGUUUGAUGACAUCAAGAAGGAGGCCUGCUUUAUCCUGGGCCUCCUGGCAGUCAAGCCAGAGUAUCAGGCCCAGAUCUCCCAGGCAGGCGCCCUGCCCGGCCUCGUGAAGCUGCUGCGCGCGCACAAGCCGACGGCGGUGACGCGCGUAGUGCCAGGCAGCGGCGGCGUCGCGCGGCGCGCAGCGGACGCGAUCACGAACCUGGCGCACGAAAACGUGGACAUCAAGAACCAGGUGCGCAAGGAGCAGGGCAUUCCCCCGCUGGUGGCGCUGCUGGAGGCGUGGGACAUCAAGGUGCAGCGCGCUGGCGCGGGCGCCCUGCGCACGCUGGCCUUCAAGAACGAGGACAACAAGAGGCAGAUUGUAGAGUGCGGUGCGCUGCCGCUGCUCAUACAGAAGCCCGUGCUCGUCGGCUCUGAUGGCUGCGGCCCUGCGCCCCCUGUGCCGCGCCUAUUUGCGUCCCAGAUGCUGCGGUCCGAGGAUGUGGGCGUGCACUAUGAGGCGGUCGGCGUGAUCGGCAACCUCGUGCACAGCAGCCAGGACAUCAAGCGCCAAGUGCUGUCUGAGGGCGCACUGCAGCCGGUGAUCAAUCUGCUGAGCAGCCCGUGCGCCGAGAGCCAGCGAGAGGCGGCGCUGCUGCUGGGCCAGUUCGCGACGACCGACAACGCGUUCAAGGCGCGCAUCUCCCAGCGCGGCGCCAUCCCGCCGCUGAUCCGCAUGCUGGCCGCGCCGGACACUGCGCUGCGGGAGAUGGCGGCGUUUGCGCUGGGCCGGCUCGCGCAGGACUCGGAGAACCAGGCGGGCAUCGUGCAGGCUGGCGGCCUGCGGCCGCUGCUGGAGCUGCUGGAGUCGGCGCAGUACAACCUGCAGCACAACGCGGCGUUUGCGCUGUACGGCCUCAGCGACAACGAGGACAACGUGGGCGACAUUGUGCGGGAGGGCGGGAUGCAGCGGCUGCUGGAGUGCAGCGAGAGGCUGCAGGUGCAGGCGUCAAAGGACUGCGUGCACAAGACCAUCACGCGCAUAGAGAACAAGCUCGCCAGCCCGCGCGUCCUGUCCCACUGCACCUACAUGCUGCGCUCCCUAGACCGCGCGGUACAGCAGCGCGUCGCCGUCGCGCUGGCGCGCCACGUGCCGGCCGGCGGCGCGCUGGCGCCCAUUUUUGUAGACAAGGCCGGCCUGGACGUGCUGCUGGCGCUGGUGACAGAGCAGCCGGGGCCCGCGUACGCCGCCGACCCGUCGAUGCACCGCGACGGCGCCGCGGCGUUGCUGCAGCUGGCGAACAAGGUCAACGCCAACGCGCCAAUACACGCGAUGUGA